AUGUUUAUUGUGAUUAUUAAUAUUUUAAAUGUUUUUUCGAAAGAUAUUGAAAUUUUUUAUAAAAACUCAAUUUUAGGAUCAUUGAGUAAAGAAUAUUUAUAUGUUUUGAUCUUAGAAAGAAAUAUAGAAAAAGAAUGUGAAGCACGUAUAAAAAGAUUUUGUAAUAGUUCGACCAUUCUUGCUUUAAACGUAGAAAAAGCAAAUUUAUUGCUGAAAGAAAUAUGUAGUAGCAAGAAAAUUAAUGAAGAUUGCGAAGAACUGAAAAUCAAGAUUAAAAAAAAAUGUGAUGAUUUCGAGAAAGAUAUUGCUUUACUUAAAAUUUCAGACAUUUCAGCCCAUAAUUGCAGCAACUAUGAACAUCAUUGUAUAAUAUUAGAUGGGGUAUGCAGCAGUUCUUCUAUUACUUUUCAGUGCAUUACGUUAAUAAGUAAGUGUUAUCAAAAUAAGCGUUAUGAAUUAGCAAAGGAUCUUCUUCUUAGGGGGCUUGAAGGUCACUUGUCUGAUUUCGUUAGUUGUUUACCUAGAUUAAUUGAAGUGUGUGAUGAAUUGAAGGUCGAAAGUGAUGAAUUAAUGCAAAAAUGUUUUUUUUCUGAACCAACAUGCAAUGAACUUCUUCAACUUGCAUAUGAAAAAUGUUCCGAACUUGAAAAUAUUUCAAAAAUUCUAUUUAAUGUACAUCAGAUCACUAUUGAUAUGUGUCGUAAAGUGCUUAAUCAAUGUUAUUUUUAUGGAUCAAAUUGUCAUCAUGAAGUAACGAUGUACUGUGAUGAGUUUAAGCUUGAAUGCGAAAAUAAAGGUUUCAAAUAUAUACAACCUACUUCCCCUUUUAACCCAUUAACACAAAAAACAGAGUUUAUAAAAAAAGUUAAUUUGUUUCAAGCUUAUAAAGAAAUUGAAGUAGAUGGUAUUGUUAUUUGGAAGACAGAAAAAAAAGAUCUCAAUGAUAUAUUGGCACUUUUGUUUCAUGCUGUACCUGAUAGUAUGUUUGAGGAAACAUGCAAACAUGAAUUGAAAUAUAAAUGCUAUUAUAUCAAAUAUAUAAGCCCACUAUUAGAAAAGAUUUGUUUAGAUGGCCGUAGUUUUGUUAAGGUGUGUAAAGAACUAGGAGCUCGGCUAAAAAUAAGAAUCUUAAAUCUUGAAACAAAACUUAGGAAUUUAAAAUUUUUAAAUAAAAAUUUUGAUCUUAUCUCUUGGAAAAAUUUACCAAAUUAUCUUAGCUUUAUUUGUCCAGAUCUUUUGUCAGAUUGUUUUUAUUUUGGAGCAUAUAAAGUAGGGUUUGAUAAAGGAUGUAUGAAUGCCAAAGUAGCAUGUUAUAAACAUGGGCGUUUUUCGAUUGCGAACCAGCUCUUGGAAGAUAAGUUAUCUGGGAAAUUCCAUGAUUUGUUAAUAAAUAAUAAUGAAUGCCAAGAAAUAUUAAUAAAAGCAUGUCUAACAUUUAAAAACAUGACUGAUGAAUUAUUUUCUUACUGCUUAUUCCCAAGGAAAACGUGUUUAUUUCUUAUUGAUGAUGUUAUAGCUAAAGUACGUUAUCUUAAUAAUACAUUGAACAACAAACUGGGUUUUCUGGAAGAACAUGAUUGUGUCGAUUUGGAGACAAGAUGUAAUAAGUUGUUGAUUGACUUUUUUGAACUUUUUAGACCAUGUCAGAUAUUGGAAGAUUCGUGUAAAUAUCAAAGAGCUAUAAAUAAUUUUACAAAUGUUUUAAUGGAGGAAAGCUUUGAUGUUUUAAGUAACAUUAAUAACUGCACAAUUUAUUUAAAAAAUAAAUGCAAAAAAUGGUUUAAAAGGAUAGACUUGCGAUUUACUCCUUUAUGUUCUCACCCAAAUAUUUCUUGUCAAGAAAUGCUUGAUAAUUUUAACUCAUAUUGUCUAUCAUUUAGAACUUAUUUGCGCGAUUUAGAAAUUGUUAAAAAAGCAAAAAAUAGGGCGAAUGCUGAAAAUAUAUGUACUUUUUGGCAACCGUUUUGUUAUAAAUUGAGUCCUAAGUGUGGCUUUUUAAUAAAAAAUAGUCCUCUUCAAACUGAAUUAUGUGAAGAUCUUCAUAAUAAAUGUAAACCAUUUCGAGAGAGAAAGAAUUUAGAAGAUAGAUUAACUUAUGUAUUAAAAGACAAUCUAAAAGAUAAAAACAAAUGUAACUUGACUCUUAAUAAGCUUUGUGCUGAUUGGGAAGAAUCAGGAAACGAUACGUUUAUUAGUCUUUGCAAAAAAUAUCCUGAUGAUGAUGCUCAGACUGAUCUAGAUGCAAGAUUAAAGCUUUGUAGGAAACUUAUUAUUCGUCUUCAAAAUCAAUGUCUUGAACUUAGGAAAAAAUUAAUACAUAAUUUUGAUAAUUUAAAAAAGGAAGAAAAAAGGUUUCAAGAAAUUAAAGAAUUUGCAGAAAAAGCUAUAAAAAAUUUCAAUUCACUUUUUCUAGUCUUAAAAAAUAAUAAAUAUAUAAAUAAUGAGCAGAAUAUUACAACAUAUAAUAAAUUAAUACAGAAACAAAAUCUACUGAACAUGAAAACAACUCAAGAUGAAAUAUUAGCAUUUACUAUGGCCGCUGAAAGUUUAGAAUUGUACAUAAAUUUGAGAAAAAAAUGUGAUAAUCUUUUGUUAAAUUGUGGUUUUAAAGAAAAGUGUUCAGAUUUAAAAGAAGUAUGUAAAAACAUACAAAAUAUAUGUAGUAUGAUAAAACCACUAAUGCAAAAACCAUGUACGAUAUUAAACAAUACAACAACAGUAUCAAUGAUAACUACAACUACAAUUACAGAGAAAACAAUUGUAACAAAUACAAUAACAAAGAAAGAUACUAUAAUAAUGAUGACAAAAGGAGAAAUGUUAACGUUCACAUGUACUACAGACAAACGGCUAGAAAACAAAUCAGAAUGUAUAAAAACAUUUACACAAACGUCCAUAUUAAAUUCAACAAUAAUAUCUACAAGCAUAUAUGAAUAUACAAAGUUUAUGACAGUUACUAUAGAUAAAACAAAGAAAUUUAGGCCCAAUGAAGGGAUAAGAAUAAAUGACAUUAAUUCAAUGAAGAAAGUAUCAAUAAUGAUGGUUAUUUUAUUAAUGAUUUAUAUUUAUUUUUAA